UGUGAUUUUUAGAUAGGGUGUUUUCUUAUAACAUGACAUGAAAUCGAAAGCAAGCGUUUAUGUUUUUUUUUCCAAAAUUUUGAUAGUUGAUUAAUUUUAUUAAUACGCAAAAGUAUGCAUCUUUGUUGAUAAUUUUAAAAUCAUAUUAAAAAAUGUUUGAAGAAAUACUAGAUAUAAUCUGGGAUGAACAUUUCUGGCUUCCAGUUGAAUUCAGUUGGGAUGAUUUUAAAAAAACGGACAUUGUUCGUCCACAGCUAUCAGAUCUCUACAUUAUACCAUUAAUUACGAUUUUUUUUUUGAUCAUUAGGUUUGCUUUUGAAAGGUUUAUUGCUGUACCAAUAUGUAAAGUUUUACGCAUAAUUAAAGUUAAAUCUGAUGCUAGUAAAUUAUGCGAAGAGAUUUUUAUAAAGACUACUCAAUAUCCUUCUGACAUUUUGAUGUCUGAGAUUAGUGUUCAAACAGGAUGGAGUAUACAAAAAUGUAGCAGAUGGUUUAACAAACGAAGAAAGCAGAGUACUAAAGCAUCUUUGGUUAAAAAAAGUAAAGAAAGUUGUUGGCGGUGUUUUGUGUACAUAUGUUUUUUUGCUUAUGGAAGUUACAUUCUUAUUCCAACAGGUUGGAUUUGGGAUAUAAAACUUUGUUUUGUUGGUUUUAUCAAACAUCAGGAACUACCUCUUGAAUUUAAGUGGUACUACAUACUAGAAACAUCAUUUUAUACCUCGCUACUUUGUUCCCAGUUUACUGAUACUAAGCGUAAAGAUUUUGUUCAGCUUUUUGUACAUCAUAUUUUAACUAUUACCUUAUUGAGCGGAUCCUAUAUAAUUGGACACUUUAGAAUUGGUUCUAUAAUUAUUUGGUUGCAUGAUGCGGCUGACUAUUGGUUGGAAGCAGCAAAGGUUGCAAACUAUGCAAAGCACCAGCGUGUAUGUGACACACUUUUUGUGGUGUUUGCAUUGACAUUCUUAUUAACUCGUUGGAUUUAUUUUCCUGUUUGGGUUUUGUAUACAUGGAUGAGAUACAAUACCGAACUAGCUGGUCAUCUUCGAUCAUUUUUUACAGCUCCUUAUAUUUUGCUUGGAGCUUGUUUUGUUUUAUUUGGUUUGCAUUUAUUUUGGGGUUAUUUAAUUGGCAAAAUGGUAUACAAGUUUAGAGCUGCCGGAAAAGUGGAGAAAGAUGAUAGAAGUGACGAUGAGCAAAGCAAUUUAGAGAGCGAUGAUGGAGAUAAAAAUUUAGUUAUGAUAAAUAACAGUAUCAACAAAAUUGAUUAGAAUGUUAAAAUAUAGAUAAAAAAUUUUAAAAUCAAAGUAAUAUUUUUAUGUUUUUUUUUUAAUAUUUUAAGUUAUUUAUAUAAAUCGGCAUACCUUGAAUUUUUUUUGUAUUAUUAUUAUAUUUGUCAUAGGGUUUCAUUGUGCCAUUGUUCGAUCUUUUUUUUUUUUUUUUUUUAUAAAAGUCUCACAGUUCAGUUGUUUUGUUAUGAAAAGUGUAUUAGGAAUUUCAAAAUGUUUAUGUACUCUUUGUAACAUGUGAUUUAAAGAGAAUGUAAAUAUUUGUUA